AGCAGACACAGUGAGAGUCGAGAGUGGCUGCAGCCCCGCCUCGGGAAUCGCGUGGCCUCGGGGCUCCUGGGUUGCGGACUGAGUGACGGGCGAAGGACGCGCGCGCGCGCGUCUGCAUCCUCCGCUGCCUUUCCGUGGCUGUGCACGGUGGAAGGCAGGACCACCCGGAGCUGAGGCUCUCAGGACCCGGGUUCCCAGACUCAGGGGUGCAGGCGGCUAGACCCGAGCAUCCGGGCCGGUGGCUCCUGCGCUCCAGCUGCCCAGCUGUGCCUCGCUCCCCAUCACAAGUUUGCCCGGUACUGGCCAAGUAGGACACAGACAUUGCUUGUGCCUUGGGCGGUUCUGGACAUGGCCUGGCUGGAGGCGUUGCCCUACAUCUGCGGAUGGCUGAUUCUCCGCAGCUGUCUCCUGGUCCGAGCUCAGCUGGAUUCUGACGGCAUCAUCACCAUAGAAGAGCAGAUUGUUCUUGUUAUGAAAGCUAAAGUGCAAUGUGAGCUCAACAUCACAACUCAACUCCAAGAAGGAGAAGGCAAUUGCUUCCCAGAAUGGGAUGGACUCAUUUGUUGGCCAAGAGGAACAGUGGGGAAGAUGGCAGCUGUGCCAUGCCCCCCUUACAUUUAUGACUUCAAUCAUAAAGGAGUUGCUUUCCGGCACUGUACCCCCAAUGGAACGUGGGAUUUUAUUCAUAGCUCAAAUAAAACAUGGGCUAAUUAUUCAGACUGCGUUCUGCAGCCAGAUAUCAGCGUAGGAAAGCAAGAGUUCUUUGAAAGCCUCUACAUCCUGUACACUGUUGGCUACUCUAUCUCUUUUGGCUCUUUGGCUGUGGCCAUUCUCAUCAUCGGCUACUUCAGACGUUUGCACUGCACUAGGAACUAUAUCCACCUGCAUCUGUUUGUGUCCUUCAUGCUGAGAGCUGUGAGCAUCUUUGUCAAGGACAGAGUGGCCCAGGCUCACCUAGGAAUAGAGGCGCUGCAGUCUCUGGUGAUACAGGGUGACCUUCAGAACUUCAUUGGAGGACCAUCUGUGGACAAAUCUCAGUAUGUCGGGUGCAAGAUCGCUGUUGUGAUGUUUAUUUAUUUCUUGGCUACAAACUAUUAUUGGAUCCUGGUGGAAGGGCUCUACCUGCAUAACUUAAUCUUUGUGUCUUUCUUUUCGGACACCAAAUACCUGUGGGGCUUCAUCUUGAUAGGCUGGGGAUUUCCAGCGGUGUUUGUUAUGGCUUGGGCGGUGGUACGAGCCACUCUGGCUGACACCAGGUGUUGGGAACUUAGUGCUGGAGACCGGUGGAUUUACCAGGCUCCAAUCUUAGCUGCUAUUGGGCUGAAUUUUAUUCUGUUCCUGAAUACAGUUAGAGUUCUCGCUACCAAAAUUUGGGAGACCAAUGCAGUUGGCCAUGACAUGAGGAAGCAGUACAGGAAGCUGGCUAAGUCCACGCUGGUCCUGGUGCUGGUGUUCGGUGUGCACUACAUCGUGUUCGUCUGCCAGCCGCACUCCUUCUCCGGGCUCUGGUGGGAGGUCCGCAUGUACUGUGAGCUCUUCUUCAACUCCUUCCAGGGUUUCUUCGUGUCUAUUGUCUACUGUUACUGCAACGGAGAGGUCCAGGCUGAGAUGAAGAAGAUGUGGACUCGGUGGAAUCUGUCCGUCGACUGGAAAAGAACGCCACCUUGUGGCGGCCACAGGUACGGCUCGGUGAUCACCACCAUCACUCACAGCACCAGCAGCCAGUCACAGAUGGGGCCAAGCACGCGCCUGGUGCUCAUCUCUGGCAAACCCACCAAGAAUGCCAGCAGACAGAUCGACAGCCAUGUGACUCUGCCUGGCUACGUCUGGAGUAAUUCUGAGCAGGACUGCCAGCCACACUCCACCCCCGAGGAGACUAGAGAAGGUCAUGGGAGGCAGGGAGAUGAUAUUCCAGUGGGGGAGUCUUCCAGGCCAGUGGCGUUCACCUUAGAUACAGAAGGAUGCAAAGGACACAUCGAGCGUAUCUGAGUCACCAUUUGUGACUCCAGCAGAUUGGCAGAUCUGGUGGUAGAGAUAACCUAAGUGGGAAGACUGGAAUUCUGGAAGAAGGUGUUGCUUAAACGUUUUCAGUUUCCACCAGCUGGCUAGUAUAAAUAUUCAUGCAUAAAAGGAUAUUUAUUGGGGUAGUUUAUUAUCUUAUGUUGGCAUUACUCCUUCCGAAAUUAAUAAUUUCUCUGUGGUUAUUAUUUUGCUUCUUUUGCAUAGAGAAGGUUUCGAACGCUUGGCUCUACCUUUCUCUCAUAAAUAUCACCCUGAAUAUGAUAAAGACCAUUUAGUUUGCAUUGUUUUCCUUUAAAGCAAUCACUGAUUUUUAUCUUUCUCAUUUUAAUGAUCUUCCAUUAUGUGUUCAUCUUGUCUAUGUACUGGAACAACUGUAGAAUGUACACUGGAAGACAAAUUCUUGAACACACUGGAAAAUCAAUGGACUGGACAUAAUAAAGUGAUGCAUUUCUGACAGUUAUGAUUCAUUCUAGGAGCAAAGAAAACCACUCUGUUCUUCCUUUGAACAUCCCCUGUGUGAUGAGCCAACUUCUUCUCUUGUUCUUCUUCUUCUUCUCCUUUUUUUUUUUUUUUUUGUGAACCAUGACAAGUCAAAAGUUUUCUCAGUCAGUGACCUUGUGUUUGAAAGCUGAUUCGGUGUGGGCUCGUUUAUACUGAGGCUAACCCACACCACAUUUUUGCCUUUUUCUGUUCUGUUGUUUGCUAUGUUACAGAUGGUAUGUGGGGUAAAUUAAAAGUUUGUUUUAAAGAUAUGUUUGGUCAUUAAGAAAAUUUCCUUUCAUCAUUGCAUGUAAUUCUUGAGAAGCAACCAAAUGUUCUUUCUCCAAGUCUGCAGCUCCUGGCCCAUAGCUUCCAUGUUUUGCCAAAUUUGACAUUUCAGUUCUGAAAACAUUUACUGCAUGCAUACUACAGAGCAGGUAUUCUGCUGGGGUGUUUACAAGUAUUGACUCGCUGCAAAUUCUGGAGUAGGUUUUUACCACUGUCACUGUGUUUUAUAAUGACUCACAAGGUGAAUCAAUUUACCUGAAGUCGUUGAGUAGGUUUUCAGAUGUAAUCUACUGACUCCAAGUCUCAUGCACUUACAAUCACUAUCACAUGCACAUGUGCGCGCGCGCACACACACACACACACACACACACACACACACACACACACACCACUAACCAAUGAAAUAAUUUAAUGAAUUCCUUUUGGGUAGAGCAUGCUUCAAGACCUUGUAUUGCAAUUUAUCUCAGUGUCUGACUCAUAAAGUUUCCACUCAUGUCAAAGACAAAUCUAUAUAAAAGGCAUCAGAAUAGUGUACUGUGAACUAAAACAACACAGUUAGAGCUGCUGUUUCUCAGUCUAUUGAAUGACUUCAACAACACACAGUGGUGUUAAUUAUGACGUAGGUGCCCCUCUACUUACAUGUCUCCUUUAUUUCCUUCUCUGAGUGGUAGCUUGGAGUCAUUUCCUUUGCAUUCAGCUUAUGAAGACGCCACGGUGCUUAUCUAACCCACCCAAUUCAACUCUGCAUUGUUGCCUACCUGAGUGGCCUGCCUGCGAGGAGAGAGCCAUCAUGAACUGAGUCACAGACUUAGUUCAGUUCUAUGACUAAUUUUAUGCAGACUUCUGUAACAUAGCUUCAUUUUAAAAAUGAAAAAAACUUUUAUAAUUCAGUUGGUCCAUUUAAAAAUGUAGGAACUAUCAGUCUACUUCAAAGAGAUGUUAUGGUAGAUAAGAAAAAAAUAUUAAAAAUACUUUAUGACAUAAAUACUCUAUAGAAAUGCUUGGUUUAUGUCAUUUCUAUCAAUUUUUUUACAUUUAAGUUACAUUUUUAUUUUGCCUUCUUAUAAAUUGCUUUAAAUGUCACUGUAACAAUAAAGAAUUUUUAGAAUAGAUAUAUUUAGAAAACAUGGAAAAUAAUGACUUUCUAGCCUGCUCCAAAUCCUAAGGCUAGACCAUAACUUCUUUAUGUAACAGGCAUCAGUAGAGGAAAGCUCAUCCUUAUACUUCAGAUCCCCAUCACAUGAAGCAAAGCUCCACUUUCAAAAUGAUCACUGUAAAGUGCUGCGUGCUCAUGGACCAGAUGUUUGUCAAUUUUCAAAUACAAGAAGUUCUAGAUGCAAGAGGUUUAAAUGGUAGGAUAGGUCACAGGGGUAUGGGAGGAUACUCUUAUAUGACUUACUGAGAUGCACAUUAAUACUAUAUUUUUCCUUGCAGUCAAAUAAGAGUUUGACAUCAGAGAUAAUACUUACUGCCCAAGGUAAACAUGAAUGAUUUAGACCAUAUAACUCUUUAUUGUGCCUAUUAAAUAACAUGAAAACACAUAUGUUUUAUAGCAUAUAAUGUAAAACAUCUCAAAAUACCCAAGAACCUUGGUUUUAAAUAUUAGGAAGCAGAUGACUAAUAUGCAUGAGUUUCUGUAUAUUGUUUGCGCUCAUAGAUUAAUAUUAAAUACUUCAGAACGAGUCUUGGAUAACGUGUGCACAUAAAUGACACUGAAGAUGUCCACACUAUAGUCCUCAGAACUGAUGAUUGUACUAGGUUCCAUAGUGAAGGCGAACAAAGGUUACAAACCAAAUUGAGAUUUGCUGACCAGCUGACUUUAAAACAGGGGGAUUGUCUUAGAUCAUCUAGACAGAAUGGAUUUAAUCACAAUGGCCCUUAAAAGUGAAGUAAAAGAGAGACAGAGGGUGGAGGCUUUGCAGUACGAUGUAAGAACCUGCUCUCUGGUUUCAGGCUUUGGAGACAGAGAGGGGGCUCUGAGCCAGGAAACUCUAAGAGCUUAUGGAAGCUGGAAAGGGCAAAGUAGCAGCGCUUCCUGUGGAGAUUCCAAGAAGGAAGGCAGCUUCACUGGCACCAGCCUGACCUUUGCUGACUUCCCCUACAGAAGUGUAGAAUAAAAUGUGUCUUAUGAUGCUGGCUUUGUGAUAACUUGGAAUGGUGGCCAUAGAAAACCAUGACAGAGAUUUGUAUGGAUUGCUAAUAAGAAAAUAAUUGAAACCAUUCAUUACUGUUUCUUGGAAAUCAGUUAUUGUGCCAGUUUUUGCUGUAUUGUAUGUGCUAUAUUUAUUAGGAAGAAAACUGUCUUAUUUGCCAUCUUAUUGAAACUUACAUGUUUCAGGAAUUGCUGUAUCAUGGAAAUGUUGAUGUUUAUGCUGUUUCUAGGUGACACAUUCUUGCACUUAAAACACCAUAAGACUCCAUCACAAACUCACAGUUUUGAUAGACUUUCAUCAAAGUGGUGGAAUACAAAAUCAACACAAUAAAAAUCAGUAGUUUUCUAUACACUAAAAUCAAAAUUGUUGAGAAAAUCAGGAAAAAAAAAAAACAACCCCCCAAACAAC